ACUAAUCACAUCGAUCUGUGCAUAGUCUAUGAAGAAUGACAACCGAGACCUAUUUGGACUUGACUUAUGAGCGAGGGAAGGGGGCGAAGAGACCUCCUAGACCAAAGCUUUUGAAGUUAACGGAUGUCUCAAUACCGCAUCGCAGUCGCAAGAAGAGCAAAGUUAAGACAAAGGACCGCUCAGCCACAUUAGUCCGGGAAAGAAUCUACGAUGAUCCCGCGUAUACCGAGGACAUAAGCCAUUUGGCAAAUCCCAUUCGACGUGGCAGUGUUCCUGAAAACCACUCGGCAGAGCAAAAGUCAAAGUGCGACAUUCCUGGGCAGACUGCAUCGUCACGCAGUCUGCUGAGCAAACACCAGUUACCCAAAGAGCUCCAUCAGUAUGUUUCGGCCAAACAAAGUAAGUACAAGGGCGCCAACAGUGCCAGUGCGCCCUCUGGGAGUACCGCCGCCAACGUCAAUUAUGACUGUGGUUCAAGUAGCUCCGACAAUGAGACGAUGGAGCCAGCCAAAGCCAGCAGCAUGACUCGUCGCGUACGCAGCUUAGAGCGAAGUUUAGCAACUGAAAGAAGUGACAAGAAAGGACCGCAAAAGCGCAACUCCAAGCAAAAGCGGAACCUCAGUCUUGACAACAGUCGAUAUUUGCAUCCAGGCCAUCCCCAACAUUCGGCACUGGUCAGCAAGCCGAGCCACGAUUUUGAGGACCAGGCUCCCAGUAGAAAGAAGUAUAAUGAAAGCAGUGUCGAGGCUGUCCAGACGGAAGCCAGCGAAGUAGACGAUGUGGAGACAGCUGCCGACGCAGCGGCAAAGGUUGCAAUCGGCAAACGAUUCCUGCGUGGCGAAAUUGGAAUCAAAAGCUUUAAUUACUAUCUGCUCAAGGAGGGCUUAAAGAGCUCAAAAAAGAUAGUUACGAAGCAACGCAACACAUUGUACAGUGGGGAACCAGAUGCCAAAUCCGAGAAAAUUGCCACACGAAGCGAAGAGAAUAUUUAUGAGGAGAUUUUCUUUAAAGAUACACUUGGAACUGUCACCACUUCAAUUACAGAAUUGGCAACCUCAUCGGCGCCUCCACAACCACCUGACAAAGAGGCUCACAACCAUCUACAACAGGUCCAAAAAGGUGGGCCAAAGGUGCCACCUCACGUAAUGAGUGGGCCCAGUGAGGGAAGUGCCGUUGGGGUCUUUGCGGACUGUGAAAUCUGCAUGGAACAGUGUAGUAAGGACAACUGUGAGUAUUGUUUGGCACACGCGGUGCAAGGGGUAGGGAAAAGGCAUUCGCAGCAGCCAAAGCAGACCUAUCAACAGGAGCCGCUCAUUAAUCAGGCGUACCACAACGAAAACAACGAUCCACUAUGCUCAUCGUCACGGGUCGGGCUUCCCGCUGCCCAUAUUCUGGAGUUCCAGUCGUACAACCCCAAUAAUCCCGGCGUUUACAAAAUCGAAACGACACCUGUAGCCAUAACGGGAGACUAUAAUCCGAUAUUGCAGUUCCAGCAAUCGUCGGCCACCACAUCGACUUCAACAACUACAACGCCCAGCGACCAGCAGCAGCCACAACAACAGCAGCAGCAGCACAUUCAGCCGCAUCAGUUGCAGAAACCAAUCUACGGCGGCUACUAUCAUCCACAGUCACACCAAAAGCCCUACCAUACAACAAUCGUUGGCAAACCGCUGACAAGUCAGUACGCAAUUGGUGGCAGUCUUCUGCUGGCGCCAGUUGCGGGAUCUGCAGCUGCGCAAGGAUCGGUCCCGCCUCGCCGACCACAGCAGCAGCAACAGCAGCAGUACAUCGUCAGCUAUCAGAAUGGAGGGUCAGUCGCAGGAGGAGCUUCCUUGCAACUCUUGAACACAAAAUCCUCCUCCUCAAGCGACUCCCUUACCCAGCACAAGUACAACACAAUAACGCGCUUGGAAGCAAAUGUUUUUGCCGCGCCAAAUACAGGAGAUCUAUAUUAUGCAGUCGGCGGUACGGCUCCUCUUCAUCCUUUAAUGUAUGCUGCCAGUCGCCCCAUCGGUGGCUCCCAGAUACUGGUCGACCCAUACGAUCCUCCGCAGAUGUACAAAAGCGACUCGAAGGCCUCCAUUCUGAGCGAGUUCUCGCUUCGUAGUAGCGACAACUCGCAGCGCUAUGUACGGUACGGACCCCAUCGGCGGCAUGGCGGCGGUCGGGUGAGCGAUUCAAGUCUCUUUUCGAUAUACUCAAAUUCUGGUCAGAGGCGAUACUUCGGGAGCUCAGAGAGUCGGCUUGGAUACGAUUGCCGACGUUGUAGCUUGGACGGAAUUAUUGGAAUGGGAUCGGGAACUGCUAUGGGUGCAACUACAGUACCCCCCGAUAAAUGUAGCUAUUCUGACAACUGUCGAUACGAGUGCAGAAAUUGCGAUUGUUCUUCCAAUUACUUCAGCUCCGAUUUUGACGACAUGUAUGGGUCUAUAGCUCGUGGUGGCAGCAGUGGCAUACCUCGCAAAACUGCCGCAGGGACAUUGCCGUCCAGUUUCCAGGACAAUAGCACGGAUCUGAAGGAAAAAUCUAAAACGCCGCCGUCCUUGCUACAACAGCAGUUCUCUGCUCCGCUGGACCUCAAACAAAAUAAAUACGCGCAGGACUUUUUCAAACACGUAAAUGACGUGAAGCGAAGCAUUUAUCAGUCUGAAAUGCAAAGGAACAAUAGUCUGGAGUCUUCCAGACGGGGACCCAGGGCCGGAGGAAAUAACACCAAUUCAAGAUCAAGCCCCAAACGUGCUGUCUCCCAAGAACCCACGGAACCAGUUGUGACUACGCUGCCAUUGAGCAGGGGUCGUCCGGCUGCAGGAGUCAGGCCUACACCUGCGCCUCGUACAAGUCUACAGUCGCAGCCUGUACUGCCGGCCACAUUCAUUCCCAGAGACCCUACACCAACAAAGCGAAGGUCCCAACCCAGUGGGCGUCGUGAGUUUCCUUCGCUGGACCGACUCGUAGCCUCUAACACGGGAACGAUACCUAAAAGGCACAGCAGGACAAUGGCGGGAAGCGAGUCGCAAAGCCCGAAAUUUACAUCUAAGCCCAAGGGAUUCGAUGCAAAGGACGCUUGGACAGGGAGCAAUGUUGAAGAACAGUUUACGCCGGGUAAGAGACACCAUCGUACGAGCAGUACAAAAUCGCAUCAAAACGUACCUGGCCCUGUUACCCGACGAAAAGACAUUCCGGCCCCUCCUCCACCGUCCCCAGCAACUUACUCCGAUCUGCAAGAGCUUAAAGCGAAUAUGGAAGGACUUCAGGAUGACACAAAGUCACGAAGUCUCGAAAGUGAAACUAGCGAAUCGCCAGCAGUGCCAAGCCCAAGCGUCAGGUCACUCACGGGAUCCCACAAUGAGAAGAAAACGAGGGAGUUGGCAGAAGCUCCAUUAAAAAUUUCAAUCGCCCUAACGGAUAUGAAUAUACCAGCAGAAUUUUGUUCUACGGUAUCAGGAUUAGGCCAUCCAGCAAUAGGUCCUGAUAUAGGUUCAGUAGAACAGGAAGAUAACGAUGUGUUUUACGAUGCACGCAGCGAGGAUUCUGGUGCAGGAAGCCUACCGACUGAAGUCUGCCUGCCACAAAGUAAGGGCGCGUUCGGUUUGGUGGCAUGCUCACAGGAGGCAGCAGGCGGGAAAGGCAGCCAGGAAACAAUUUACAGCGAAAGGGAAAACUCCACAAAGGAUGUCAAUACUUUGCCCCACACUGACCCUAUCGCAGAGGGCUCUGAACCGGAUACACCACAAGGGAAUGACAUUGAUAUUGCCAGCGACGAUGCUAAGUCCAAAAAACAAGGGAGAAGCACAGUUGAAGAACAAAUCACACCCCAUGAUGUUGAGAAGCUAGUAGGGAUGGACACAUGCCUUCAAACCGAGUCCGAGAUUACAGAAGCAACAUUGAGGGGAAAGCACGAGGAAGAGUCAAGCAAAGCAAGAGACGAUGAAAAAACCCAAACGAGCGCCAUUGAACAACAUGCUGCCGCAACAUGUUUGGAGGAGAAACAGACCAGUUUACCAGCAACACCCACUGUCCAUGGAGUUUCCAACGCUGGAAACAUCAACUCUAACGACGCCCCUGCCAGCACCAGCGUUAGCGGCAACGCCACCGAUGUGGAUGUCGAUGUCGAUUUCCAGUUCAGUUGCAACACGGACAGCAACGUAUACGUAACGUAUUUACCGGUUGUCAACACGGACAGCGCAGCGCUAACGCACAGUGAUCGAACCGUCGAUAUCCCUGUACUUGUGACAACCGCAGGGAUUCCAGCACAGUCCCGAACACUGACUCGUCAGGACUACGCCUGUCUCGACUCCAGUGAGGCACAAUCGGACGAUAGUCAUUUGACACGAGAUUCCGUAACGCGCGAGUCCCAGAACGAUGAACUCUCCUCAUCCACUCUUGAAAAACUAGACGUUAGCACACUACCACUGCCCGCUUUACCGAAGCGCCGUCGGCCCCGAUCCCGCACCAGUCCCUCCAAGAAUUUGCAGCAUCGGCAGCGUCAUGAAGCUAUCGAGAAUGCUAAUGCAAACGAAACUUCGCCAGCAUCGUCACGACAGCAACAUCUUAAGCCAAGACAGCGCGUCGAUACUCCAGAGAAACAAAAGUCAGAGAUAAGCCAAACGCUAAACCCAGCCCCUCAAAAGCAGCACCUCUCCGCUUUCCAGCAGUACGUUGCCAAGCGACGAGAAAGUCUUGAGGCAUCUAACCGCAGCUUCAACGAGAAGCUAGAGGCCCGUAGAAUGCACUACCAAUUAGGUGGGGGAAAUGCCGCCAAUGUGACAACUGGUGCCAACAGCGGAGUGCCCACCUAUCUGUUUGGGGACCACUUUCAAGCAUUAGGCGGCGGCGGUCCCAGCUCUGGGCGCAAAUCUCUUUCGCCCGCCACCAACAAGGAGGAAAUCUAUCUGAACAAGUCUGGCUGGGUACAGGUAAACACAAAGCGUGAAGGCUUCAAAGAGGACAGUUGUAGCGGCUAUCGACGUCAGCAGAACGAUAGCACGGCCUGUGUACUGCAGGACAAUGGAAGAAGUAGAGCUGCAGGCCGCGUCAUUCCAAUGGACGCGCAAGGACAUCGGACAGACCUGGCACAUUAUUCAUUUAUAUACCAGCACCAACAGCUAAAAUCGAACGUUGGCAUCGCAGAGCCAAAGUUUGUUGGCUCCAAAGUUGAAGAGUUGAUACAGCGAAACGAGGCGCGGCUUGGCGGAUUCUCCUCACGUGAUCCUGCACUGCGACCGGGCUACCGAAUUAUCGACCCCCAAAUGGCAAGCAUACUCAAUGAGCGUCCUGGCUUCCUGCCUGUCAAGAGCCCAAACGACUUGGACUCGCCUAUCACUCCCAUUUUGUCGCCGCCACCCGCUUUCCAGGACAACAGCCGCACCACGCAUCAGGUGGAGCGUCCCCUCCCACUUCCUGUGCUGCAGUCUGAAGCGCGACAAAGCCCACAGCAUAUGGCCAAUGGAUCCGUCAAGGGCAUGGUCUUUUCACGUAGCUUUGAGUACGAUACGCGACGACCAACCCCCACCAACAGCUAUGUGCAAACGUUCUCUCGAAGCUUUGAUGGACAUCUUUCAGAGCUUCCACUACACCUAGGUAUGCCACCUCUGGCAGGACAGCGCGAACGCUCCCCGAAUUUCAGCACACUAACCGGAAACUCGCCCAACUAUUUAACUAAGCGGGAGAGUGGUGGCGGCAGCAGUGGCUCCCUCCGUAGUCGAGACAGCUCGCCAAAAUUGUUAAGUCCCCAAACGACCACUGCGUAUCUGAACGCGUCGGUGAAGGAGGCGCCACCGGCCUACAGCAUGUCUUGUGGCGGGGCCGCCACCAUAGGCACACAGGCAAAAUACUCUCCGCGCUCGCGUCACGAACGCUCCUCUGAGCGAUCCAAGAUCCAUGCCUUGGGGCGCUCGCGUAAGUCCCAGUUCAACCGCAUGGGAAGCGCAGGACCUCCUGCAGCGCCACCUUCCUCCCUAGGCAUGGGAGCAUCGCGCUUUCGCAGCUUCGACACAACAAAAAGCCAGCGCCUCAACUCAUGCGACAGUGGUGCGCGAUCGGAUCUUUCCAACGAUGAAUUGGAUAACGAGGAUGGGGGUUUAAGCGAGUUCCUAUCGGCUGGAAACCAAAAGUUUCCGAAACCGUGUUCGAGCAUUGUCAGUAUCUCACCCUUUAAGAUGCAGCGCCAGCGGUCACUAACGCCAGACCGGAAUGAGUCUCACAGCUCAUCCAGCAGCCUGCGCAAACAGCGAUCGCUGACACCAGAAUCACGAUCUUUGACACCUGAGGAGCGCCGAAAGAAGGGAUCACAGCUUUCCCUAUUGGGCUCACGCCAGAGCUCCGGCUCCAGGAACAACACAUUGGAGGCACGACAGCGUAACGGCGAGAAGACGUCGCCCAACAUCUCCCGCAGCUCUUCCAGUUCCAGCUACAGUGGCGGAGAUUCUCAUGAUUGCCUUAACGCUAGCACCACCUCAAUCGUGGCAGGCGGAUUGCCGUGCCCCAUUCCUGGAUCUGGUCCGACCAACCACCGUCGAGCUAUAGCUGCUGCCCAAAGUGCAGCUAAGCAAGCAGAACAAGAGCACCGCAUUAGACGGUCAAGAUCAUUGCAACUGAGCGAACGUUCCCCGAAUCGAGUGCACAAAUCAAUCGUCAAUGUAAGUGCCGUGUCCGCACACCAGCCGCAGCAACAGCCAAAACAACCGCCAGCGCCCUCUUAUCAACAGCCUCGUCUGGGCGUUCGUGCCGUUUUUCCGCCUACAGUUCGCACGCCCCCAGCCGCUAACAAAAUACCUGCUCCCUUGUCGGCGUCGACCAGAAAUACGACAAGGCCACGGAAGAAUGAGGCGGAUAAGGCACGGUCCUUCGACUUUGACUACAAUAACUUUAAUCGCAGCGCCGGAUCAAAAGCUAAGUCACCACGAUCUAUUCACACAGGUGGCAGUGGAGGGGACAGUGGAGGCAACCAGAAUCAGCGAAUAGAGCGGGAAAGCCGCUCCUUCGACGAGGAAUAUCGUGAAGCAGUUCUCAAUAAUAACAAUGGAAGCAGUGGGAGCAUAAGCGGAGUUCGUUACCUACAGCCUGCCGCUGAUUCCGGCCUUGUUCCGACAGGCUCCUCCUCGACUUCUCGUCUACGGCAAUCGAGCUCACCAGUCAACGGAUCUGGCGUUGAGUAUACUGCUUCACGGUCACCCAAAUCUUCGGGCUCCUCUUCCAAUAAUCUCCACCAGCCAACGCGAAAAACAGGCAGCCCUCAGAGCUAUGGAACGCGGCUCUGCGAUCAUGAGCUUACGUUCGAAAUGCUUCGCAAAUCGCCGAUCAUGAACUUCCGCCGCGGGGAAAGCAGUGACUUUGAGCCACCUGUCCUGCUGAGAAACAGGGAAACCAUUAACUCUGGCGGCAACAGCGAGUUAAAUUUCAUGAGCAACGAGACGCGGAUCUACGAGCACCCGACGACGGUGCUGAAACCUCAGCGGUCCCUCCGUCAAAGUUCAGGAUCUCGGGAUGACUUACCUCUAGAGGUAGCAGUGGGCGUGGGGGGAGACUAUAUUUAUAGACCGGCGCCCACACAACCGCGCAGCAGCAGCGCCUCCUCCCACUCUAACGAGUCAACGACCACCAAGAGCUUUAGCAAAACUCUGACCACAUGCGACUAUUGGCCACGGUGUGGUGCUUGUCAGGAAAAGGCCACGCCCGGAGAAAUUAAAAGACAGUACUCCCUUCCAGUGGUUACAACACUGAACCAAGAGCCUGAAUUGCAGCCCCACAUCACAACAGUGGCUGUUAAUAUUCCCAACGUGGAAACGAAGGCGGAAAAGCUCAGGCCUUGUGUGGCAAAAUCCAUCAUUCCGCAGUGGACUUUUUUGUGCAGCGGCGUAGCCGACUGCCGUCCACAGGAGCAUUCAGCGAUGACGACCAACGAGAAUGAGCGCCGCCAACUGAUGGCUGUUGUAAGACCACGUGUUGUUCCUUCGGCCUCCACAUCACUCUUCCUGCUGGGCGUAGGCAACCUUUGCCUUGCGAAAGCUGCGGAAAGCGAGAAAGAAGCCGGUCCACAGGUGCUGGCGGUCGCGGAGAUUGGGCUGAGAAACCUCCAGGACGAGCAUGAAUUCACCGAGGUGAACAAGAAGUGUCGUUGGCGGGAGCGCAGCUUAUCUCUGCCAAGCCCAACAAUUCAGAGAUAUUCGGAAACAGAAAAAAGCAUGCCAAAAACUGGAAAUCGAGGAGUCAAAGUAGUAGGAAAAGGGAGCAGCAACAAUACCUUUGCAGGAGGACUGUCGCAGCAGAUGCGAGCCGUCUCAAGUCCGUCGCUCACAGAACCAUAUUCAGAGUCACGAAAGCUGCCGGUUGAGAGCACGACACCAGCAGACGGGUCUGCCACUGUUGCCACAAUCACAAGUAGUGGAAGCGGAGGAGGCGGUGUAGGCCUAGGCGUCCUUCUAAAGUUUAAACGCACGUUUAACAAUUUCAACAACAAGAAUCAGUUCCACACCCCUGCCUUGCCAACGUCAGCAGCCAGUAAUGGCAAUCUCCCAAAGUCGAAGUCAUCGCCAACAACGCCAUCCGUAGCAAUCACAACUGCAGGGACAGUGACAACAAAUGACUGCGCUGGAACAGAUGGCGGUGAUGGUAGCUACGGCAGAUAUCGCUUUGGACCCCUCAUCUGGCGCACAUCGAGGGAGCGCCGCAAAACAAAGUUUAACCGACGCGACAAGUGCAAUUCGGGUGAUUCCGGCAUUCAGAUAGAGCUGGACCAUGACGAGCAAUAUUCCCGUGUACUGGCGGUGGGGGCCCAAGGAGACGGAGUAAGACAAGGAGAAACAAUUGCUUCCAGCAACACAUCCAUCGGAAGUGAAUCUAAGACGCGUACAAUACGCCGCACUAAUUCGGCCAAGGCCAGCAGCAUUCUCGGAUCCGUCACCCUAAAGUCUAAGAACCACAUGCAGCUGGACUUUGGCGGCACGGACAAUAUCGAACGUGAAGCCCCCGAGUCACUGCCCACACGAUCACUUAGCCAGCCCAAUGGACUGGAAGCCUACGGCAUUGGGUACCCUGAUAUGGCAGACAGCGACAGUGACAGCAUUGCAUCCCACGAGGAAGCUACCAGCUACUACUCAACCAUCUAUGCUGAAGUGCUGUACAAUUUUACUGCCGGCGGCCCGCAGGAAUUGGGGUUGGAGCGCGGAAUGCUUAUUGAAAUAUUGCGCAAGGAAGUUGGACCCUGGUGGUUUGGCCGCAUAAAGAAGGAGGAGACUAACCGCGUGGAUGAAAUACUUGACCCCGAGCUGGGCUGGUUCCCAAAGGAGUUCGUGCGUAUUAUUCAAUGUCCCGAGACAGAUCGAUUUUUCAACGCGCAUCAAGCAGCAUCAGAUGCAGAGCAGGCCUCGACAACUGCAGAGGAGGCCGGAGAUAGCGUGCCUGUGUCCGUAGCUGACUUUCCCAAGGACGCAGAUGUCACCAUGGCCACGGAUCAAAGCAACAUUACGACCAUAAUCAUUGAAGCCCCACCAUUGUCCUCGAAUGAGGUUUUCACUGGUAACGUUCUGGACAACGAGACUGUCCUCCGCCGAGGUGCUAUACGCGAACUGCUGGAUACAGAGGUUAAUUAUGUCAAAUUGCUGGCAGCCAUUUGUGACGGGUAUCUGCCUGCGAUGAGCAAGCGCAUCGACAUAUUUUCGCCGAACAGCAUUCGUCUAAUCUUCUCAAACAUAACGGCCAUCUACAAGUUUCAGGCAAAGUUUCUCGAUUCGUUGCGUAAAGGAAUCGAGCAAAACCAAAUUGCGAAAGUGUUUCUUAAAAUGCACAAAGGUUUCCUAUGCUACUCCAACUACUGCAACGCAUAUUCUCGUGCCCUUAUCGAGCUCGAGUCCUACGAUCGUGUUAAGGAUGCACGCACCAUUCUGGAGAACUGCCGCGAGUCGGAAAACCUUGCAGAGCUCCCACUCUCCGCUCACUUGCUUGCUCCUGUGCAACGCAUUUGCCGUUAUCCCCUGCACCUUAACGAGAUUAUUAAGUCAGCGCUGGUUUCUUCCCCUGAGACGAGAAUUGAUAAACUGAAAGGUUCCUCGUCUUCAGACUACGAACAACUCGACGUCAAUGAGAUAGACAUACCCGACACGUACGCUACCGUAAAUUUGGCGCUGGAGGCCAUGCGCGGAAUCACAGAGGCCGUAAAUGAGGGCAAACGCCAUAGCGAGACUAUUGCGAGGCACCAGGCAAGCUUUCAGAACUUCAAGGGCCCGCCACUGCACUUGCACAGUGCACGCUUCUUUCUACAGGUCGAUGCCACACGACAGAAGCAGAAUCUGUGGAAUAGCAGCUACACCCUGUUCUUAUUCGACAACCAGUUGGUCUAUUGCAAGCGCGACAUCAUUAAACGCAGCCACUUUAUCUACAAAGGACGUAUAUUUCUCGACCGCUGUCGGGUUGUUAACGUACGAGAUGGAAAGAUGUUUGGGCACACGAUCAAGAACUCGCUGCGGAUAUACUGCGAGUCGCGGGAUAAGUGGUAUGACUUCAGCUUCCGCUCGGCGAACCGCAAGCACCGCUUCCUCAACACCCUCGCCCUUGAGCGCCAGUUCGGAGGCAAGGCACUCUACGUAUCAGAGAUGACAGGGUUCGAGUACAACUACGAGGAGCGGCCGGGGGACUUUUCAGAUCAGUCAGACUACGAGCUGCCCGACUUCGAGCACGCCCUGUGUGCCACAUCAGCUAGUGGUGAAAGUUCCGUUCCGGAAUCGCCGGCCAAGUCAGCCUCCCGGUUUUGCGACACUUUGCCGAAAAAAUCGCAAUCCCGCGAUGGUAUCGCCAGCGUGGACAACUCGCAGAUGCUGUCGACGACAACAUCAACGGGUUCCCUAGGACGACGCCGCAUCGGAAACUGGUUCCGCAAACCAAAGAGCUCCAACUGUACGCCGAGCCAAUCGCCAACGCACAAGCCGGUCUUUGACGCAGAUGAGACUCUCACAGCGGCCCGUGUCGCUGCUAUCGAGCUGGCCGAGGCCGACGCUGCGCUGUUGCCAACGGAUAGUUCAUCCGCCUAAGCACACAGAAUAUCAUAGUACAUAAACAUUGAUAUAUGCAUCCAGUCCUAUACUUAAAUUCACACAAAUUUAUGUAUAAAGAAUUGGCAAUAUACCAAUUGAAAAAUGUAAACGAAAGAGAGUUGCAGUUAUUUUUUGUUUUUUUGUAAAUGUCGUUUAAAUCGCUAAGUGUCUGUUAAAGGGUUUUAGACGGCAAAAUGAUCAACGUGGCAAUAAGUUAAAUAUGUAUUUAGAUAUUUAGAUUUACCAAAAGCACUUACAGUGUAUACUUCUGGCAUUUGAAUUCAGCUUUCUAUAAAAGUGCUAACUGGUGUCGCCGACUGCUAGUCUAAAAACCCUAUUACCUGUUCAUUUAAUUCUAAUUUUCGUGAUAAGGCGAUAAUGAAUUCCUGGAAAUAAAAAAAUCUUUUAGAACCUUCUGUUCAUGUAUUCUAGUUCGCUUAGAGACUUC